AUGGCGCGACGACCUCCUUCCAAACGAUCAACAUCGAUGGACGGUGAUUCCACGCCGCGAAGGUCAUCAAUAGCAACAUCAAAUCCCAAUGUCUUCAGUGAUGAUUAUGCGGUCGACCCUGCCGAAUCAAUAGGCGCUUCAAGUCCGACGGACUCGAUUGACAGCCGACCUGAAGAGCUGAGCCUCAGCCAGCGCAAUGACACAAACACCAAUCCGCGUGAAUACACCCCUCCUGGACUGUCUGGCAAUACAAUGGGAUUAAACAGACUUUCCAUCUCCAAACGAGCCCUCCCAACCGAGUCCUCCGCCCACCCCCACCGAGCCGUAUCAGUCUCGUCCCAAUCCAUCGCCGAUAGCCGAAGAACCCUCAGCACUUCGUCUCGAUUUUCCAUCCCACGAGCUCAGAGUCCUUACAGAGGGCCGACGGCUCCGAGUCAACCCUAUGGUCUAUAUCCCCAAGUUACAAGAGCAUCUAGUGUUGUCAGCGAUUCGACAAUUCGGCCUUUGGAACUUCCCUUUGUUCCACAAGGGGGGCCAGAACACCCGUACUCUAUGUAUCCCCAAAACACAGUGCCUGAAGAUGACAGUUCGGACAUUGGCUUGGGAUUUCCUGGAAUGGGUCCAUCAUUUGCGCCACCGGACACAUCAUCUUCCAGCAAUGAAGUGGGUGACAUUGUUGGCAGUGAUGGACAUAUCGAGCAACUACCUCCAUACAGCCGAUAUGCCGACAACGUCAUCGCAAAAGGAGACAUGGCUCGGAUAGACCCGCAGACCUCGACCAUCACGGAAGAAUCGGGGCCUGCUUCCAACAUCCCACCUCCUGCGGGUUCUGCUUCAGAUGUUGAAUUAAUGGCCGUGGGCUCUCCUUCUCAGGAUGAAGUUGCCAGAAAAGAAGGACUCUGCGAAAAGCGACGGCGGAGGACAUGUUGUGGGCUACCUAUCUGGACGGUCGUGAUUGUUGUUGCCAUUGUCGUGCUGGCAGCGGUAAUUGGUGGGGUUAUUGGCGGCGUCGUUGGGAAUCAACAUGGGACACACCAGGCCGAAGCUGCCGCAACCACCACAGUCUGGCUAGACGCUGACCCCGCUCAAACGGGUCCGUCGACACCACCAUGUCCGACAGGCCAUUAUACCAUCCCCUUGAAUCAGACACAGCAGAUUGACACGUGCGUCAUCGAUGACGAGUACGCUCGUGCAUGGGAAUGUCUGGAUUUUGCCCUACUUGGGGUCAAUGUCUUCAACAAGGGCCCGAAUUUUUCGGUAGUGUUUGACGACUACUCGGUGAGACCACAAUUGUUCCGAUACGGACCACAACCUCCCGAUUUCAAUGGGUCAACUUUUGAGAUGCAACCAUUCAGAGACAAAGAGGACGAUCAACUUGGUAUCGCACUCUUUUUCAGUGUCCUAUUCGACAAGCUGAUUAUAGUUCCGUCGAAUCAAAUCUCUCCCGAAUCCGACCCCAUGAAACGGUCGAUACCUGCCCGAGAGUUGUCUGAAAGAGGCAUGGGCAACUGGGGGUUCGAGUACCUCGCUGUGGGAGACAAGCCCUGGUACUGUUUCUGGAACUCGACCGUCAGCGAAUUCUGGGUGUUUUUGGACCAGAACAUGAAUGACGCGUACGACAUGUAUAGUUCGACGUCUACAAUCACAUCUGGAUCCAGCACGCCGACCAGCACGGGGACGUCAAUGACACAUACUGCGCCUGGAUAUGGCAGUGGGCCCACAACUGCGAACCCGUCGGCCACCACGCCGUAUCCCAGCGAACCGACUGACGAUGACUACUGGCCUGGCACGAAACUGAAACGACAGGCGACGGUGGGAUCGCCGGACUUCCCCAAGCUUGUGAAGAUGGUGGAGAAACGGAAGCCUGACAACAAUGUGCAACCUUAUUGCCAACAGAUGCAAGUGCUCAACAAUUGGCAAAUCAUGCCGAUCCCUAAUGUGCCUACCGUCUGCAUCGAAGAGAGUGACUACGGGACGCCGACGUCUGGGGCUGAUAGCAGGAGGAGGAUGAUGUCCAAGCGAUCAUACAACACGGUAGAUCAGCUGGGAUCAAACUGUAUUUGCGAGUGGUUCAGUAUAUAG